UUGUCUGUUGAAAUAUCUCCGCGUUAAAAUAGCGGUAAUCAGAGUUUAAACAUUUGUACAGCUUAAAAGCUAGACAAAAUCCAUCCACGAUAAAGACAACUUAAGCUGUAAACUUUCAUCGAACACGAAACUUUGACGUCAUUUGUACCUAAAUUGGUUUUACAAUCGCCACAGAACACGUUUUCCGACCGGAAGACAAGCUAAAAAUAAUCCUCUGACGUCAUCCGGAACGCGCGUUUUCAUUGUGGCUUGUCAAACAAAGCACUAGAGUUAAUCUUAAAACGUUGUAAACACACUUUAACGAUGACCAGUUUGAAAAUGAACGAUUCGGAAGCUUGUUUACAUCGUUGAAGUGACAAAUUUGGAGCAUUUUCGGACAGAAAUAAACUUGUAAUGUCAAACCUUAAUGUUAAAAAAAAUAUAUCGCAAUGAUAUCGAAUUUUUAUUUUGGGUGCUAAGCUCACCACAUAACAAACCAUAUUCUGCUUUUAAAAUACCUUGAAAAGAUUUUGCUAUUUGACGUGUCUGGUAGCCUGGAUAUAGCGACAUUAAUAACUCGGGAUAAAAAUCGCGAAGAUAGAAAAAAAAAAAGAUUUAGUAUUGUAAGUUGAAAAUUGGCAACGAAAAAAAAUUCAGUUUGACCAACAGAUAAAACUUUCUAUUUGGCAAGGAUGAAAUAAGCGUUGGAAAGUUCUUUUCAAAAUAAGUGGUAAAUAUUCAUUCUGCCGAAAGCCCCAUAAUGUUGUCGUUUCUAUUCUCGUCACUUUAACACUACACAAUCAAAUUAUCAACGUUCUAGAGAAAUUUUGCGUCGCCUUCAUCGGAUCUAUCAGCCGCAAAAAAUUAAGACUACAUGUUAUAGUAUUGCUUUUAGGCGCUGCGUAACAGCUAUCACAUUCGAUGGCAGUAAAUUGCGGGAAUUCAUGGCUCGCUGAACAGUUUGCGAUCUCAAGUCGCUACUUGUUUAUACUUCGCGCAGUGAAAUCUCCUCAAAAAGGAUUUUUCCAUUGGUUUUCACACCAAAAUAUUCGCGCAGUUAAUUGUUUUCUGCGGCCUAAGAAAAAAUUGACUGGCAACCAGCUCUGUGUAUUGUUUUUAUGUGACGGCGCACACCUGUCUUGGAUGAGCGGCGCUGAUUGGUUCCCAACCACAAUAUUCCAUAAUUGCAUGCAAACUUUUCAUUUUGAAUUCAAGCAAUAUGGCGGCUCGGAUAGACGCGUAGCAAACACUGCGUAGAAAUAACAUGGCUGUACGUCAAGAAGACGCAAGGAAGAAGCCAUCGUCGCCGAACGGAAGGGCUUUUUCUUCGGCGACCAAGUCGGGUGAUGAAGAAAUCGUGGAACAGCUGCGACGCUUUAGUAGCGUUUCACAGGAAGACUUCGAGAAAAUGAGACUUGCCGAAAAAGAGGAUGAAUUUUUUGCGAUUAGGAAAGCAACCGAUAUAACAGAGCCAGAUACUAAAGGCGACCCGUGCCCACCUCUGCCUAUAAAGAUCAUUCAAGGCUCUUUCAGGCACGUGCUAGGUGUUCGCGAGGCGUGCUCGAAAAACGGAACGUUUCUGCAACGCACGAUUGAGUUGCGGCGUAAGCCGGGUGAGACUCUUGGAUUUUAUAUUCGCCAGGGCGAUGGAUGGGAACGUGAGCAGGGAAUUUUUGUGUCUCGUGUUGUUUUAGGAACAGACGUGGAUGUUUUUGAACUUUUGCGUGUUGGUGAUGAGAUUAUUAAAGUGAACAAAGUGGACGUACGGACUAUGACCAUUCAAGAUGUUAGCGCCUUAAUGCAGAUGACAAGGAGACUUAUUCUCACUGUGAAAGUCCUUACGCCGGUUACAGCGAUGGCCGCCAAGCGACUAGCUAUGAAUAAAGACAAUAAUAUCCAGGGUUUGAAAUCUCUGAGUCCGAGAACAUCCAGGCCAUCGAGAUCCGAAGCGUCCGUGGACUCGGCUUCAAAUUCAAGUCGGCAAUCCCCCGACCGUCGCGUCGGUAGCGACAGACGUCUAAGUAAUACAUCUAGUCUCAGCCAUCAGGCAAACUACAAGGUAGCAAAUCUAGUCAUAGGAAAAAACCGCGAUGCGAUGAGCACGGGAAAUCCUCAGUCUUUGACUCCCUCAGGCUCGAGCUACCGAGGCUCGCGUCGAAGUUCCAAGUCGCCUGUAGCUGGACGCAGAGCGCUGUCGCCAAUACGGGAAACGUCAGCAGAUAUAUUUAACAAUGACGCCGACGAUCGCAUGUCAGGUCAUGAUCGGGAGCGAACUAGCAGGGCAGCCAGCGUUGUGAGCUGGUCCGACCAGUUCUACAGCGAAUCCGGAGCGAGUAGCCCGGUGAAACACAAGCCUACCGAUAGGCGGCGAUCUGAAGCGCAGAGUUCCAGGCCGAAGUGAUCUGCACAGCGGAAAACAAGAUUGGAACACGAAAGAAACGAAACAAAAUAAAUGCCUUCAAAGUUUGCAAAGAGAUUACGGCUCGGAGCAUGGGUCAAACUUGGAAUUAAAGAUCAAGGUGGUUGAAUUUGAUCGCAGGAGAGAGAGGUUUAUUAAAAAAUCAUGGCAAAGAACUGAGUGUUUUGGCGAGCGGAUGUUCUAGCUCGCUUUUAGUACUGGUUAGCUCUUGCAAGCUGUCAAAUUGACCGGAUUUGUUUUCAGGGAUUUAUCGGAAUGCAAGAUGUGGAAACAAGGAUGUUUUUAUUAAGGAAGGAAGUACGUGUUAAACAAUUUCUCAGGACUAAUAUUAGAAAAACUUUUCUUCAUAGGUAUAUUGUAUCAAACAAAACGCAUUGCAAAACAACGGACAUUUGCUUAAAAUAGUCAAAUCUUGUCGGGUGUGAACAUAUCUGCCUGACAGAACUCUUGAAUGCUACUCAACCACGGAUAGGAGCGAGACGUUUAUUCCACUUUGCAGCGACAAAACAAUUUCCUUAAGCUUCUUAUACAAUUUUGGGCGACGCAUAAAAAAAUGUAGGCUUGCAAAAGCACUGCGAGGAAAUAAUGUACGGCGACGCGACAAUUGUAAGAUUUCAAUUAUUCCAUUUUUUCUGUAAACAUUUCAUAAGACAACCUUAGAAGCGAAUUUCGAGAGCGUCAUACGAAACUGAAAUAAUAAUAAUAUAAAAAAAACACCGUAGUCGACCGAGGAAAUUUGAAGGUCCACUAAAAUUUUUGAAAAAAAAAUUAUGAAAAUGUUCAUGAAUUUGAACUUGAUACAAAAUUAGAAAUCUUCCGACUGCACUCGCGAUAUGUUUAGAUAUUUUUCUUCGAUUCAAUGCAAUUCUGCAAUUAUUGUGCGGCUAGAUUUAUUCAUGGUAAACACGAGAACCCUCUAAACAUAAGAAAUAUAACUUCAAAUGUUUAUUUAGGAGCUAUUAUUUUUCCUUGUCUCAAUAUGUUAAUCUGCCUUGUAAGGUCAAUCGUUACAAAUGAGAGCGGAAAAAAUUCUUGAGUAAUCGCUGACGGAAAAUUCGGGGCAUCGUUUGUGUGUCUAUUUCAAGCGACCUCUUAAUGAUCUCGAGGAAACGAUUGGCGUCACUGUCGAUGCGAAAUUUUUAUUCAAGAUGCUGAACAAAGCAUUGUUUGAAAGGAAGUUAGUCGGGCACUAAAGAUAGCUCUGCUUGCAGUUAAAACAAAACAAACCGCGCACGAAAAUACCGUCCAUUGAAUCACAAGAAAACAGCCACCAUUUCAAUCAAAACUAGAGGAAGUGUUUUAACUUAUUUUUCUUGUAGUCGACUUUCGAGAAAUAACCGAGGUGUAGAUCCAAGAAGAUUCGAAAAAUAAAUUAUAAAUAAUUAAAAACUACGAAAACUUGUUUCGCUGUUUUUGUGUUACAUUUAUUUUCUUUCGCAUUUCGUGGCUUCAAACGCACGCCCGAGCUGUGUCUCUCUUCCAUUAAAGCGGUAAUUUGAGAAAAAGUAGGCAAUAAAAGACCGUAUCUACUGGACACAAGAGGAUAAAAAAUAUUGCCUAAACUUUACCACUGUUUUAUUAGCUACGACUGUUAGCACCUGCUGUCUAGAAACCGCAGAUUAUAUUUACUUUUCAACCAAUAACACUCGAAAAUACAACGCGGGCCGUUCUGUUGACUGAAAUACUUCUCCCGAGAUAACAGUUUGGGAAUUUCAAACAAAACUGCCAAACUUAUCGUACCAUCUCCGAAGGAUGGUAACCUAUUUUCUUGACCUAAAGAUAAUGCGAGAAGAUUCUAUAGAUGUUUCAACUUCAGCGAUAUCGCUGAUUCAUAUCUGGACGCGCUAAUUUGCUUUCAGACGAAAAACCCACCUCUACAUUUGUAGAACCUUAUAUGGUGACAAUAAUUUUUCCUCAUUCGCCGAGAGGUGCUCAGUCGCAUCGCUCGGGCAUUUAAUCACAGGUAAUAAAGCCGAUUAAAGGGUUAAAGGCGAAAGUUCAGAACAGUUUUAAGAUGCAUUGUCGACUAAAGAUUCAACGGCGAGGGCGUAACAAAAAGCAACUCCAUCAAUAUUUUUGUAACAAUGUUGCAGUUUUAAAAAUCUUCCAGCGCAGCUUGUUACACGAGACGAUUUUAUACGCAACAAUAUCGCGGUAAAAACCGGCUCGUGCAACUUGCCGAGAGAAUGUCGGUUUAAAAAAUUCAAAAAUCGGUGCUGCCAAUCUUGUCGUGUUACAUCACCCUCAGUUUAACUCAGUAAAACGCUCUCUAGUGUGACUAUUGCUCACGCUGUUUAUAAACAUUUGCACAAUUUUCAUUGGUUGGCUAACUGUACAAGCGUGACACGUGACUCAGUAAAUGCUCUCCAGCGUGACUAUUGCUCACGCUGUUUGAAAACACUUGCACAAUUUUCAUUGGCUAGCUAACUAGACCUCAGGUACAGGCGUGACACGUUCUCUUCUGUUCUUUCGCUUUGCUUUUUGCAAAAUUGUUUACCAGCUUGACUUCUGUGCCUUCCUUAAACGUAAUUUAUUUUAAGCUUUGAUCAUCUGUCAAUGCCUCUUUCUUCACAAUCCGAUUCAUUUACGAAAAGAUUCAAUUUCCUCUCAUUUUUUUAGCUCGAAGAAAAACACAAUCAAAUGGCCCCCCUCAAUUCUUUAAAUCUGUUCGUUUACAGCAAGCUGUCAGACUCGUCACACGUUCUCUUGGUGUUUCACUCUAAUUCAUUGUGACUAAGCCUAAUUUACUUUAAAACGGUUGGUCUUCUUGAAUCACUUUUUUUCUUAUUCCAUUUUCAGUGAUCUAACUGUGCUUCGUACUUAAUGUUUCAAAUAAUUUGUUCGCUUGCUUAAAAACUGUCCAGUUCCUUUUAAAUUUAACAAGAGAUAAGUCUUUCGCUUCCUUGAUAGCUGAUCACUGGUGGAAAUUUUCUUACACGGUUUCACGAACAUUUCGCUCCAUAAAAAAAAAUAAUUAGAUUAGAAGACGCCCAGAGAAAAAGGUUAAUAAGCUGAGGCCAUAACAUAGCGUGCACGAUUGCUUUUCACAUAAACUCGAUUAAUUACACUAUUCCUUUAAAAUCCGCCAUUUAAUUUAAUUGCAAUUUUGCUUUUGCUUUUUUAUUCGUUAAUUAACGUUCAUUCGCCUAGUAAGGCAGGGUCCACACUACGCCAGAGAAAUUUGAAAACGCAGUUUUAUAUCUCUGGUUAGGCCUACCGUUCACACUA